GACCAGAUUUAACUUUUUUAGAUUACAGUUUGGAAGUUUGCAAAAAGGGCCUCUGAAAAAGGUUCACAAGACAAAAAGCAAAGCAGGGACGGAGCAGAGGAGGAAGUGUCUGCCUUCAUCGAGAGUAAGCAGAAAAAGAAAAAAAAGAUCAGCACAUGGGUAUGAAAUGCUAACACAAGGUUUAAUUUCACUCUAACAGUGUACAACAUGAGAGUACAAAGUGACCCACAGCUGUGGAAUGGAGUCAGUGGCAGGUGACUGCUCUACUGGAUGUUGUUUAUGCAUUUUCUUUAUGCAGAGAGGGGAGUUCACAUGUUACACGAGGAGGAAGAGAAGGAAAAACGAGAAGCGGAUCAUCGGGUUCCACCACAUCAGGUUGCUGUGGACGGUGAGGUGGAUCCUGAGGACGACCCCAACAACCAGGGAGAGGACGAGUUUGAGGAGGCAGAGGACGAGCGUCCAGCGCACAGGGUUGCCGAAGAGGAAGAAGGGCCAGAAGAGGAAGAGGAGCCGGCAGCUCCUGCCCAGCACAUUAACACCCACCUGAGACCCGUACAUCCUGCUGUGGAGGAUGAACUGGUGAUGGCUGGAAACCCAGAUCAACAGGAAGAUGCACUGGAUGACCAGUACCAGGAGGAAGAUGAGGCCCAGGAAGACAUAGCUGGUGGGCAGAAAAGAGAAGAAGAAGGAGUUGAAGAAGAUCCAUAUAAUGAGGAGAAUGCAGAACAGAAUGAUGUAAAAAACCAAGAGGGACUACGAAAGGAGGAGCACCACCAAAAUGGAGUGAAGACUAACGAAGAGGAGAAUUAUGAGGAGGAGGAGGAGGACGAGCUGGUGGAGGACACAGCUGGUGGAGUUAGGAGGACCAAUCGGAGGGCAGAAAUGUAGGACUGGUGCAAAGUUCGGCUGCUAGUCUGCCCAGUCAGGUCUGUCCUUCCCAAAGGAAUCAAAC